AUGCCGUGGUUUGGCAUGGAUAUAGGAGGAACACUUUCGAAAUUAGUAUUUUUCGAGCCAAAAGACAACGUUGUGGAAAAUACUGAAGACGAAGCUCAACUUUUAUCGAACGUCACGAAAUACUUGACAACAUAUUCAGCUUACGGAAAAUCCGGUCACAGAGACACGCAUUUACAGUUGGACAAUGUAAAAGUAUGUGACAGGAUAGGAACGUUACAUUUCAUCAGAUUCCCCACUUGCGAAAUGAGCAAUUUCCUUGAACUAGCCAAAAGGAAAGGCAUGGCGGCCAGUUCGUCUACGGUUUGCGCGACUGGCGGCGGAGCGUACAAGUUUGAGGAACAUUUCAAAAAGGUGUUGAAUUUGAAAUUGUGCAAAUGUGAUGAAUUGGACAGCUUGAUCCAAGGAAUGUUGUUCACCGUAGCGUCGAACAAUAACGAAUGCUACUUUUGGUCUCAAUGCACCGAAGACGAACAAUGUUCGACACAAAAGUACACAUUUCCGUACAAAAAAUACCCUUUCAUUGUCGUAAACAUAGGGUCCGGCGUCAGCGUGCUCGCAGUAUACGGGCCAAACGAUUUCAAAAGAAUAACGGGCACCAGUAUAGGAGGCGGUACGUUUUUGGGCUUGUGCAGUUUGCUGACCGGAUGCAAUACUUUUGAUGAGGCGAUCGAUCUAGCCGCCAACGGAGACAACACAAAAGUCGACAAACUAGUGCGAGACAUUUAUGGCGGAAGUUACAGUCGAUUCGGACUGUCCGGAGAAGUGGUCGCAAGCAGUUUUGGUCAUAUGAACUCCAAAGAGAAACAGGCAGCGGUUUCUCGAGAAGAUUUAGCUAGAGCCACACUGGUUACCAUUACCUACAAUAUAGCGUCCAUUGCGAGGAUGUGUGCUUUGAACGAAAGAAUUGACAGGGUUUGUUUUGUCGGUAACUUUUUGCGAGUCAACCCAAUAUCCAUGAAGUUGUUGUCGCACGCUAUGGAUUAUUGGUCGAACGGUUCAGGGAAAGCUAUAUUCUUAAAUCACGAGGGUUAUUUCGGUGCAGUUGGUUGUUUACUGUCUUUUGUCGAAAGGUACAAAUAAAGUUAUCGUUGGAGUGUUCAACACAUUCCACUAAGGC